AUGGCUCCGAAAGUCGAAGGCGGACGGCAGUUGCCACUGGCUUUCAGCUUAACCGUCGAGACCGGCUCGGUGCUAGACCCGCUUGCGGUUGCCCAGACGUUGCUAGAGGACUCCCAGAAGUCACAGGCGGAAGCCCCGCCCGACAGCCAGGUCGAGGACCCAACGGCCGAAGGGAAGGUCGGCGAGCCGGACGAGACGGAGACAGCGAAGCCCAAAGCGAAGGCCAAAGGAAAGCCCAAAGCCCAGGCAAAAGAAAAGGCCAAAGGCAAGGGCGAACCCAAGGCCAAAGCCAAGGCCGAACCCAAGGCCAAAGGCAAGGCCGAACCCAAGACCAAAGCCAAGGGCAAAGCAAAGGCCAAAGCAACGGCGGUCGACACGGAGCAAGAAAAGGCUGCAGCAGCGGCAGAGCCGCCAGAGGAGACUGAGGUUCCAGAGGCCCCGACAGAGAAGAAACGGAAGGCCACAGAAAAGCCGGCUGAGGACGUUCCGCCGGCCAAGGCUGCUGGUGAGGAGUUGCAGACCCGUGACAGGCGUAAGGCUUGGUUCUUCGAGAAGAGUUUGCCAACUUUGUCGUCGGAGCUGCAGAACUUCUUCCGGAGCAAAGACGCCGCGAAGACCAAGCUGAUCAACGACGUCGUCAAGCCCGGGGCGACGACCAAGUGGGAGAUCAACGAGAACCACCCCACAGUGCAGACCUUGACUUCUCACUACCGCUCCGUCUUGGGGAAGACGAAGCAGAAGUCUUACCCGAAGGCGAUUAUGGUGGGGAAGUGCGGAUCAGAAACGGCCUUUCUGAAAGCCCUCCGCGAGGGAGACGUCGUCGAGAUCACGGACAAGGGCCAGACCCAGUACAUGUACAGGCAGCUGGAGGUUCAGCACCGGACCGCCGUCGUCCAGAAGACCGGCCUGCAGCAGGCCGCCGCCUGUGACCAGGAGAGCAAGGACAAGUUGGAGGCCUUCUGCGACAACUUCGACCCAGAGUUUGAAGUGGUGCCGCCGAGCUCGAGCAGUGUCACCCCGGCGGCUUUCGCAGUGCCAGGAACCCCGCCGCCCCCUUUGGCCAUCCUUGACAGGCAGCCGGAGCCCGGCAUGCUUCCUGAGCUGGACAAGAAAUGCAUCGAGAAGAUCGAUCAGGCCUUGACUUGGCUGAUGCAGCUCAAGCAGGCGACAUAUCGGCUGAACAGCAGCACCUCGCAGACGUGGCAGAACCUGAAGCGCCAGUUGGACGAGAAGUGGGCUCAGCUGCUUCCCUUGCAGUCACAGCUUGAGACCUUCAAGCUUUCCAACAAGGGAAGCUUGGCUCAGCUGAAAUCUGUGCUGACGGGUGCAGCAACCAAGCUUCUGGAGACCCAGGAGCUGCUGAAAGGUCUUGUUGCAGUCAGCUGA